AUUUGUAUAAUUUAAUAGAGAAGAAAAGUAUUUAUUCCCUAGGAUAAUUUAAUAAGCUUCAGUAUCAAAUAUGAUAGAAUUCAGAAUUUAUCUCUUCUUAACAGGCAUUUUGCUUUUUUCGAUCGGAUUUUCGAUCGCUAAUAUUUUAUCCGAAUUUCAAGAAACAAGAGUUGUACCUGAUGUUUUAGAUAAAGCGCCAAAAGAAAAGCUUGAGGUUUUUUAUGGAGACAGAAAACUUCAUUAUGGAGAAGAAUUGACUCCUACUUUAGUUAAAAAUGUUCCAAAUAUAAAAUACAAACAUGAAGACAAUGAAUUUUAUACUUUGAUAAUGACAGAUCCAGAUGCACCAACACGAAAGGCACCAAUUAUGGCUGAAUGGAUUCAUUGGCUUGUGGUCAAUAUUCCUGGGGAGGAUAUUUCUAAAGGUGAAUCAUUAAUUGAUUAUAUUGGUGCACGUCCCCUUCAAGGAAGUGGUUUUCAUCGUUAUAUAUUUUUGAUUUAUAAACAACCUAAUGGUACAAUGGAAUUUCAUGAGAAACAUUUAAAAAAUCAUGAAGAAGCGACACAUGAAAAAUUUUCUACAAGAAAAUUCACUAUUAAAUAUAAUCUUGGUGAACCAUUGUCAGGGAAUAUGUUUCAAGCACAAUGGGAUGAUUAUGUAACAAUUGCAUAUCAUCAAUUUAGAGCAUAGAUUUUUUUUUUUUUUCAAAAUAUCAUUUAUUUGGGUAAUAAUUCUUAUAUAUUGUGUUAAAAUCUAGUUAAAUAAAUUUUUAAUCUAUAUUUUUUGUUAAAGAUCUUUUUUUUUGAUGGUGAUUUGGUAAUAAAUAUUAUAAUUUGAAAAUAUUUGAUAAUAAAAUAUGUAAGAAAAAUA